GCCAGCUGGGGCUCCGUGAGUGGCCAUCGCGACAGCUCUGGGAGAAAGGGACGGUUAGACGAAGCGAAUGAAAUAAUAAUAAUAACUGAUCGGGAUGUGGGAUGAGACAGUGAGGCCAAAGGACCUCGGUGACAUCACGGCAUCUCCGUCGAACCGACCAAGAGAGAGGCUGAUGAUCUGCUCCUCGAUCGAAUAAUAAUAUUAGGAUUAAGCGGUUUUGAGGUCUCCCGGUCAAGAAAAGCCCCUCCGUCCGGUUUUCGCCGCCCCCAGCUAUUUUUCUGCCGAAACGGACCACAUCAUCAUCAUCACCAUCAUCUAUCGUCAAUCUCUCAAUCCUCAUUCUUUCACAGAAACAGCUGCACAGCUUUGUCCCCAAUUGACCUUUCUUCCUUGACAUCUUGACUAUCCUAACAUUUCACACAACCGUCAAAAUGCCGCGCCAGUUCUUCGUCGGAGGCAACUUCAAGAUGAACGGUACCACCGAGUCCGUCAAGAACAUCAUCAACAACCUCAACUCCUCCAAGCUCGACCCAACCACUGAGGUCGUCAUUGCCCCGCCUUUCCUCUACCUGCACCUCGCCCGCGAGCUCGCCAACCCCAACAUCGCCAUUUCUGCUCAGAAUGUCUACGACAAGCCCAGCGGUGCCUACACCGGUGAGGUCUCCGUCGACCAGCUCAAGGACGCCAAGGUUACCUGGACCCUCGUCGGACACAGCGAGCGCAGGACGCUGCUGAAGGAGACUGACGACUUCGUUGCCAGCAAGACCAAGGCCGCCAUCGAUGCCGGACUGAGCGUCAUCCUCUGCAUUGGCGAGAGUCUUGAGGAGCGCGAGGCCAACAAGACCAUCGACGUUGUCACCAGACAGCUCACCGCCGUUGCCAACGUUCUCUCCAAGGAGCAGUGGUCUAAGGUUGUCAUUGCUUACGAGCCCAUCUGGGCCAUCGGUACCGGCAAGGUCGCCACGACCGAGCAGGCUCAGGAGGUUCACGCCGCCAUCCGCAAGUGGCUCGCUGAGAAGAUCUCUCCCGAGGUCUCCGAGAACACUCGGAUCAUCUACGGUGGCAGUGUCAGCGAGAAGAACUGCCGUGAGCUCGCUAAGCAGGCUGACGUUGACGGAUUCCUGGUUGGCGGUGCCAGCUUGAAGCCAGCCUUCGUCGACAUCAUCAACGCCCGUCUGUAAAUGAUUGAAAGAUACCCACCGCCUUUUCCGAGUAGUGGAAAACGGAGAGAUGCGGGGAUGAAUGUCGACAUACCUCUUCGCAGUUACCAUGGCAAUAAUGUGAUAAUGGCGUAUGUAUAGACGAGAAAUUGAAAAAUAAAUUCCGUUGAAAUAUCCAACUGUCUAUGAAAUAUUGGAUAUCAAUUUAUCGAUCAUGAUUAAGCUUUCAUAAACUUAUUAUCCGCUAAGUAUACAACCCGCACUAAAUAACAAGGGACCAAUGAUCA